AUGUACGAUAGACGUAUGGUAGAUGUGUGGUAUACGUAUGACAGACGUAUGGUAGACCUAUGGGAGCUUCCCUGUGUGGUCGCAGUGAGCAGAGUGGCACCACAUUUACGAAGAGAGUCGCCAUUAUGGUGGCAACCGGCUGAUCCAGAAAUGGAGUUGUAUAAUCGAGCCCUUUUCACUCCCAAUCCUUUCAGGAUCGAGGUAAAUACAACCAGUCGUCAUAGAGUGGUACGGGAUAGUCUAACCAAAUUCAGCAAAGUCAUUCUGCUAGAAAAUCAGGAAGCAGCCACGGUGGCAAAGUUUUUUGUAACGAGAGUUGUUACUAAAAACGGAAUACUGGAGAAAGUCCUCACGGAUCAGGGAAUGAAUUUCACGAGUGAAACGACCGCGUGUCAUCCCGAGAGUAAUGGCGCGCUAGAAAGGUUGUAUGGGACGCUUGUCGAGUACCUGCAACAUUAUAUAAAUGAGACACAGGCAGAUUGGGAUGAGUUGCUCCCGUACGCGAAGUUCGCUUAUAACACGACGCCGCAUACAGCCACAGGGUUUACACUCUUUGAGCUAAUCUCUGGGUAUCGCGCCACAAUACCGACGGCACUGACAAAGCCGCCGAAAGAAACGUACUCUUACGAAGAUUACGCACAGGAACUUCAAGAGAGAAUACGCGCAACUAAUCAGAUAGCAAAAGAAAACGUACAGAAGGCAAAAAUACAGUACGACAAGAGUGCGCAUAAAAAAGAAUUCAGGAUGGAAGACCAGGUGUUGCUCCACGACGAAACCGCGCGCCGAGAAAGAUAA